CUUUGAGCUCUGUUUUGUGUGUCUGUGUGUUUCGUUUCGUUUUUCUUCUAGAAUUGAGUACAAAGUCGAGGUGGGUCGAAGUGAUGGGUGUUGAGUGAGGGGUCUUUCAGAGAGGACGAUUGUUGGGUUCCUCGUAAUCUUCCUGCAAUCCCCUCACACGGAUCGUUGAACAAGCAGCUUUGCUGAAUCACGCAAGGCAGUGGUGAUUUUGGAUAAUUUGGGGUUGUGGUGAUUCAAGGAGCUUUCAUUUUAAGAUUUAUUGAAGAAUUUUAUCUGGGUUGGAUAGCUGCCGUGUGAUUCAUCUGCGGGAUUAGAAUUUCUGCGCUAGAUAUGCCUGUGGUGUUCUUCUCAACUCACACAUGUUGAUUUCAAGGUUUGCUGAUAGUAUGGCAGCUUGCAGAGUUGGAUGUAACUUUAGUGAAGGAAUUUGUGAAGGAAUCGACAGUUGGUUUCAUUUGUCUUCAUUUUUCACUUUUUUUCAAAAAAAUUAUGAAUUCUUCUGCUUUGCGUGGUUUGCUCAACUUGUUAUGAAAGACCAGAAAUCCGAAUUGGGGUAUUUGUAAUCUAGAACAGCAUUGAUAGGGUUUUGUAUCGUUUUUGUCAAACUCUACCCAACGCUAGUUUUCGCAAUUCAGGAUAUGUUGCCAAUGUUUGAAUGUAUCGGUGUACUGGGUGCUCACUAAACAUGUGUAGUGUGAUUUGCUACAUGUUUAGACUAUAGUUUGUCCCAGUCUUCUGUUUGCUGCGUCAGUCAUGUGUGUGCCAAACUCCUUCAGUUAUCUUGAUGAAAAUUAUACAACGUUUUAUGCUUUUAGGUGAGGACAGACCUCUUAAGUUGAACGAUGAAUCCCAAUGUGGACCUGCCAGGAAUGGAGGCUUAUCGAUCAAGCCAAGCUAAUCUUUCGCCAAGUGUGCUUGUUAUAGCUUUUGAUCCUUUCCUACCCCUCGUAAGGAUCCCAGUACCUGUUGGGAGAGAUGAGGAUUCUUCCAAGGGACCUUACGUGCUCGCAUUCCGAAAUGAGGAGACUUGGCGUCAAGCUUGGAAAACCUGCAAGGAAAAAAUUGCUACUCAAUGUGAAGCAGGAGCAAAAGUGGGUUGCUCCGUAAGCGCUGCCAUGGCGUGCAGACAACCCUGGUGGAAGUCUUACCUUCCCUUCUCUGGCUCAGGAUCCGAUGACCAAUUCAGAAGGCAGGAUUGCGAGGGCAGAGAGAUGCGAGGCUGCCUGUUAUCCUCUCACGAACGCUGCUUCACGUUCGCUCGCGAAAUUUGUGACCCAGUCUAUGCCAACAUGAGAAUUGCAGUGCCCGGUGCACCGAUCGAGAUCCGCUUCAGCGGUAGGCCGAAAGUGAGUACCCACGACGAGGUCCCUUCCCUGGCCACAUCUCCUGGUAAUUCAGAACCUGCUAAUCUGGACCAGAAGAGCUUUAGAUUACCCCGAACAACUUUUCGGGCCCGAGAACUGAUGCAACAUGAGCACAGAGUCGAUUUUAGGAAAAGAAUAGCGUAUUGGACCUCCCCUAAACAUUCACGUGAAGGUACCUUGGGGUCGUCUCCGAAGGAGGGCCGGGUAGGAGGCCUUGUGCAUCCUGCUUCCAGAGAUGGCCCUCUUCAACCUGAGAUGGAGAAUCCAGCCUCCAAAGGCCCAAUCUAUAUUGCAUCGGAGUGGUUGCAGGAGCUGCAGAGAUCUGUGAUGAAGAAGCUCAGCUCUUGAUAUUUGUAAAGAUCGUAGAAGCGAUGCAAGGUUCUCUCUCCUACUGGAACGCUGUUCUAUGGAUCAGAGAAGACGUUGUAAGCUUUCCUCCACUUGACUCAUCCAUUGUGAAGUUGGAUGCUUGGGUGAGUUCAUGCUAAGAAUGAGGUUGAUUGAAAAACACGCUGUGGAUCGCGUGCCUACAACGAAAGUGAUAGCUAGUCUGUGUUAUUUGAGUGUCAUGCAUCAGUACACGACGGUUGUUGACAGGACAAAAUAAUAGAGAAUGUAGAAAAAGACCGUAGUAAGAAAAUAGCGAGUUCACAAUCAGGAGAUUCAGGCCACUGCUCUGUGGAAUUGAGAUUUCCUCCCAAGCCAAGGAAACGGAUUAACCACGUCAGAGACCGAACCUCACAUGUGGACGGACUACGCAUCGACGAAAAUCCAGAUGCAGGUUUACAAGAGACGAGGAUCCUGAACUAUUUUGUACAUCGAAAAUAGAUAUUCUGACUUUUGAAAAAACAACCAGGUGAACCUUACUUCACAGGACAUGAGCUUGUGUGAGUACAGAUUGUUCAGAGACCGAACAAUCGUUGUGAUGAUGACAUAAAGUACAGUGGCACAGUUGAACAUAAGAAUUUGACAAGUCGCUAGUUUCACCA